AUGAACCAUUCCUAUAAUGACCUGUCGGCCAAUCACCACAGUGAGGCAUCUCUAAUGCCGUCCAGCACUAGAGGAACGUUCAACUACAAUACCGCAUGGGGCAACCAGGCCUGGGAUCUGAACGGCAGACCCACCGAGUUCUUCGGAGAACAAAGCAGCAACAUGAAUCAAGCAACAUACGGCUUCCAGUCAGUGGGAGAAAGGAUAAUGUCUUACGUAGACCGCAUCCCGCCAAUACUCCCUACCUAUCAAAUCCAGCCCCAGUCCAACAACAACCUCUCAACCCUCCCAAACGGCCUCUCAGGCAUAACCCUAGCCACCGAUGCAACAACCUCUCAAGACGGCCGUCCAGUUCCAAUGACCAUUCCAAGUAACGGUCUCUACAACAUCAGCCCUUCAGAAUGCAUCGUGUCAACCCAUUUCAACGAAGGAACACCCGGCCUGAAGCGCCCCAAGAGCGAAGCAUCCGCCACGUCUGCCGUUGAAAUGGCUCUAGAUGAAAUGGAUAUCGAAAACCUUCCUACUGGUUCCACAAUUGGAGAAAAACGGAAGGUUACGGAUUAUUAUAGAGGCGCCCUCAGGGAGGUCGGGCAGCGCAGCUGCCGCACUCUCGCGAGGGCAUUUAUCAGAUUCAUCGAGCCGCACAAACGAAGCAAGUACCCUUACAAUGGAGGCAAGGCCCCCCCAGGAUCCGCCUCAGGUACUAAGGGUGACCCCGAAAAGACUAAGCCCGAAUGGUGGCCCCUUAAUGUACCUCAUAAGGAACCCGAUAACAUGAAGCAAACAGACCGCAUCGAAUUUCUACUUCACUUUAUCCGCAAGCUCGGUGGUCAAGGAGUUACUGCCGACAAGCUAAGGGAAGUUGCUACAGCGAACGAAAAGGGGUUAGCGAAUUUCAAGAUCAUCAAUGAAAUUCUUCGGGUUCGAAAAUUAGAGGAACAACUUGAGCGAUGCAAAGUUGAUGCUAACACGGACGCCUACGUCAUAUACGGUGAAAAUGAUGAAUACGAUGAAGAUUACGAUGGAGAUUACGAUAACGAUAAUGAUGACGAGAAGAAGGAGUCUUUUGCUGAAGCAGCCUCAGCGGCUGUUGGAGAGCCUCUGCCAAGCAAGCAGGAACUGGCUGCCCUCACCACCACAACAAUUGAGCCUCUCUAUUCGACACCAGCCUAUUCUCCGGGUAGCCUCUCUAUGCCCAACCUUAUGAGCUUCAAUAAUCCUCACUACAACGUGUCGCCCCAAUACAACACUUUCUUCCAUCCCGCGCUCAGGACUCCCAUAACACAGUCCAUUCAGCCUCUCCUAGCAGCUAUCUCUGUUCAUAACCGACCCAGAGAUCCAGGUCACUACGGGUACGAAAGAAAUGAAGAACAUUCACAGAUCACUCCGGUCUUUCAUCACCAUCAGGUUACAGAUCCAUAUUACUGCGGCUACACAGAAGUUACUCAGGAUGUUUCGAAUCCAGCGGACUACACUUCAUCAAAAACAAGUCUCCACUUCCAUUAA